CGGCGAGUGGAUGCAGUAUUCCACAGUGUUGAGCCGACAUGACGCGCGAGGAAGGGGCGGCGGAUUCAGCACUCUAGCGACGUCGAUCAUGGCAAUACCCAUCAAGGCCAAAAAGCAAACCAAGAGCCAGCGAAAGGCGGCUGCCGCGGCUGCAAGAGCCACGACAAACCGGGUCCAGACCAUCCAAUGGGUCGAAGAAAUGUUGGGCGAACAUGUGUGGGAGCUGUGCUUUGAGUACCUCGACGUGCGCUCGCUCUGCCAGAGCAAACUUGUAUGCCGGCACUUUCAACGCCUCGCGAUGCUUCCUCUGCCAUGGAUGCACCAGUAUGCAUCGGUGUGGCUGCCACCAAGGGUAUCGCUCCCUGAUGCGUACUACCGGCACAGCUCGUGGAUACAGCUCUGGCGCAUGCAUGAGAGCCGCAUGGCCAUCGACGUCAAGCUGUCUACUCGCGCUGACGUUACGAUCGACACGGAUACCCGCAUCAUCACAGUCCUCAACAACUCGAUGCUGAGGAACCUGGAGCACGGCGCGGUGGAAUCGAUCCGGUCACUUCAGCCGCUUCCCCCGAUCCCGUGUGCGACAGCCCUACACCGCUACGUCAUGUACUUUGAAGUGACGGCAUCCUUGACAGCCACUGCCAUCAGUUUGGGCAUGGUCCACCUGCCUGAUCACACCAUGUGUCCCUACGGGUUCGGGUCGGAUGCGCAUGUGGGAUGGCACCCGGUGUCGUUUGGCUACCACUCACAUCCCCACCACACGCCGAGUCCUGGUUCAUUUCCGCUUAUAUUCCACAAUGGCAUGGACGUCUUGACGAUGCCGUUGAUGGACGCCACCGCGACGGCCGACAUCCCCCGCUCUUCCACCGACGUGUUUGGAUGUGGUUACGACCAAGACCAUCAUCGAAUCUUUUUCACGCACAAUGGCACGCUCCUCGGCGUUGUGCCGUACGACAUCCCGCCGGGCAACUAUUGCGCCGCGUUCUCGGUCGACACCUUGUAUGCGUCGGUGACUGUCAAUUGGGGCCAGCUGCCGUUUGCGUAUGCGAUCGAGGCCCACAUCGCCAACCAUCCGGCCAUGGCUGCGCUGCAUGCAUGAGUGUCGGUGUCCCACGAUAUGCAUCUCGUAGUAUGGACCGAUCUCCUUGUCCAAAGUCGUCAUGCUGUAGAAAGAGCAUGCAGUGGCUGAACGUGUUGCAAUCCGUUCCAUGGCGAUCCAGGGCAGCAGGUCCACACGGUGCGGUGUCGGACAAAGUGAUUCUUGCGAAUAAAAUAAUAAAUGGCGGACUUUAUGCUUCGA